ACUUUGACGCAAUUUGCAAAUGGCCGUGAAAAGGACUGAACUCGAGAUUCGAGGGUGUAUGAAGAGCUAAUGUUGGAUUUUAGCGUGUUAAAAACUUGUGUAUAAUUCGAUAUUUAGUGUGGUGCUGUGCAAGAUACAAAAUGUGCCAAAAAGUGAGAAUCCAGUCUUAAUGUUGGUAUAGGACGCGCCCGAAAACCGCUGGAGCGACGAUCGAAGGGACAUUGCUGACAGAAGGAGGUCGUUGCGUUGCGUGAUAUAAGACGCGGCGCGCGGUUGUCGAGCGGUCGGUACGUUUGAGAGGACAGGCCACAGCACGCCAUGUCCACCAUGACUGAAUUAGACAACCUACGUCAAGAGGCGGAGACGCUAAAGAAUGCGAUCAGAGAUGCAAGGAAGGCGGCCUGCGAUACGUCGCUGGCGCAGGCGACGGCGAACCUCGAGCCCAUUGGGCGCAUACAGAUGCGCACGCGACGCACACUGCGCGGACAUCUCGCCAAGAUCUAUGCGAUGCACUGGGGCAGUGACUCCAGGAACUUGGUAUCUGCGAGUCAGGACGGCAAACUGAUAGUGUGGGAUAGCCACACGACCAACAAGGUGCAUGCGAUACCGCUGCGCUCCAGCUGGGUGAUGACCUGCGCGUACGCACCCUCCGGCUCUUACGUCGCCUGCGGUGGAUUAGACAACAUUUGCUCCAUUUACAGUUUGAAGACCCGCGAGGGUAACGUGCGCGUGUCCCGCGAGCUGCCCGGCCACUCGGGCUAUCUCUCUUGCUGCCGGUUCCUCGACGACAACCAGAUCCUCACCAGCUCUGGCGAUAUGACUUGCGCCCUGUGGGACAUAGAGACGGGCCAGCAGUGUGGCCAGUUCACAGGCCACACGGGCGACGUGAUGUCUCUGUCGCUGGCGCCCGACCAGCGCACCUUCGUGUCCGGCGCGUGCGACGCGUCCGCCAAGCUCUGGGACAUCCGCGAGUGUCAGUGCAAGCAGACCUUCCCCGGACACGAGAGCGAUAUCAACGCCGUCACGUUCUUCCCGUCCGGGUUUGCGUUCGCGACCGGCUCGGACGACGCGACGUGCCGCAUGUUCGACAUCCGCGCCGACCAGGAGCUGGCCAUGUACUCGCACGACAACAUCAUCUGCGGCAUCACGUCCGUCGCCUUCAGCAAGUCCGGCCGUCUGCUGCUCGCCGGCUACGACGACUUCAACUGCAACGUCUGGGACUCCAUGAAGAGCGAGCGCGCUGGUAUCCUGGCCGGGCACGACAACCGCGUGUCCUGCCUGGGCGUGACCGAGAACGGCAUGGCCGUCGCCACCGGAUCCUGGGACUCGUUCCUCCGCAUCUGGAACUAAGCUCCCCCCCUCCCCCUACUCCCCCCGCACCCCUCCCGCACCCACCCUCUGCACCGCACCCUCUGCCGUCAACUUGUAACUACGUGUGAUUACAAACUGCCUCGCGACCUGGGUAGAGAACUAAUCAACAGUACUUCUGGAGCUUAGAGUCUAGAGCAUCUCUUUUCCAAGUGCUCGUUGGUCCUCGUCUCUCUACCCAGGCUGGCCCGGCCCAGUUUACUUGUGCGGAUGGAACUUGAAUGAUAAGUUGAUGGCUAGCCCCAGUUGAACCGGUGACGUCAGUUUCUAGUUUUAUAUUCGAUAUCAAGCGGUGUGUGAAUGUGUUAGCUUCUAAUUUUGAUAUCUUGCUGACGAUAGUCCAUGUAUUUCCUUGUUCGGUUCGACUAUCGCAGGCAUUGGGAUAGCUCAAUGAGUAACGAAAUUCGACUUUGACAGACCUGAGUAUCGUUGGUCUUUAUAUUCUAAAGGGGCGGCUGUUUACCUAAACCUGUAUAAAGUCCAGUCAUCUUAUAGUUCAUUGUCAUUACGUAAAUAUUUCUGAUUUGAGGCACAAAUGACUUGGUGUAUAUAAUGUCGUACUGUCACUGACACAUGUCGGCUAGGGAAUAUUCUGUAUAUCGGAUGCGCACAACGAGCACGGACAUACGACACGAGUCGCCGCGUCAGCACGGGACGCUCCCGUAUAUAAAACUCGCUUUAUUUAUUUAUAAUUAUAAUUUCUAACAAUAUUAAAAGCAUUUAAACAACUUUUUAGGGAGGAAUGUAGUUUACAUGUAUGUGUGAGUGCGCUGUCAGUGUGCGUGUGUGAGCGUCAUUACUGAUCCAUUGUUCACUGCAUAACGUAUAUUAUUAUGUAUAAUUAUAAUGAUGUAAUGAUAUAAUUAACGAUAGACGCUGGUGCCCUUUCCGCGGAGGGGUUCAAGGCUGCCGGAAUCAUUUUCUGUUUCUUGGUAAGUAGAUUCGAUGUUAAACAUAGUUCACUAUCUUUGAUACAAUCAUAAACAUUAUACUAAACUAUUAGAGAAUAUACGAUAGACAGAGGCCUUAGUACGAGUUUAUUUUACGUUUAACUUUAAGCUUGAAAUGAAAGCGCAUUAGGCACUCUGAUUGGUUGGUUCAUUCCCGACGGCCAAUCACGGCACCGGCGUUCUCGUUUCACUUUCGUUCAACGUAAAGCAAACUCGUACUAAGGGUACAUACAGCUUGUUUAACGUUGUCAGUAUUCAGUAAUUUCCCCGUAACAUUAUUGCUAAUAAGUUACCAAUGUAAACUGCCGAUAUCUCGAAGGCCAACUUGUCAAGUUUCAUAGCACAAUCGUUUGUAAAAUGGAUGUUUGUGUCCGGCAGUCAGUAGUCGGUGUGAAAGUAGUUUCUUCUAUUCUUUUACACUUAUUACUAUUCAUUUAGCGGCAAUUUUAUUAUCAAUCGAGUGUUUCUGAUCACCUAAUAUUGGUUUUGUCGCUAAAGUAAUAGGAAUAAGACCAAAAGAGCCAUAAGUUAUGUUUUAAAUAUUAUUGUAAAUUAGUAAAUGUUAGUUUGGCACGUUUAAUGUAUGACGUUACUCUUUGGGUUUCAGGUGACAACAUCGCACAACAGAAUAUUAUACAAUCUAUAAAAAAACUAUAAUUAAAGAACCAAAUAUUAAUUAUAAAUGUAUCUAUGCAUAACUUAUUGAAUGAGAACAUUGUUUUCGUUUCUCGUCACUUCGAUGUAAUCCUAACGUGGUUGAGCUACUAUAUAUUUAAUAUAUGUUUUAGAUUAGUCAACACACCGGUUUGUUAUAAGUAUGAGAUUGUACCGAUCUCCAUUGACGAAUAAAAAUCAUUUUUUGUACCUACAUGAGGACGCUGACACACGAAUUUAUUUAUUUGUCGCGAAAUCUGCGCGUACGCACACGUUUCACCGAUACUGCGAUACUACACCACAGUCACAUGGUUCCUGUGUCAGUGUCCUCACAUUGACGUUCACGAAUAAUUGUAUAAUGAGAUCUAAAUCUUAAUCUAGGCUUUAAGCGUACAAUUACAAUGAUUUAUACUUUGACAUGCAAUAUAAUUUAUCUAUAUCCAAUAUAAUUUCGUAUCAUUAUCCCUUAUUAGCACAGGUAUAGGGUGCAUUUUGGAAUGACUUGAACACGUUUUGCGUAGCUUUGUGUCGUGAAUAUGUGGCCGGUGCGACUUAACAAAAUGUCGUGUGUAAACGAUUUUUUCUCAUUCCAAUAUGUGUCCUUGUUUUCACCAAAUGACAUAAACUGACUUCUCUCAGCCACCGAACAAUGUCAUUGCUAAGAUUCCAUACGAAACGCAUACUUUGCGUGUAACACCGUGAAAUAAAUGCAUUUCUUCUCUCUCCAUUCCUUAUUUGGCGUAGUGAAUUUUUUCUUAUGUAAAUUGAGUUUAAAAAUGUCUAACAGUCCUGCAGUGAUGUAAUAACACUGAGACAGGCUGUUUGUAUUGAUUACCGUCAUUUAAUAAUUAAUAUUAAAAUGGAUAUUCGCGAACCUAUGAUAAAAUCAUCAGUUUAUUUGCGCGAGACUAACAUUUUAACACUGGGGAAGUUUGGAAAAUAAUCGCGAUUUUUAACUAAAAUUAUGAAGAUACUAAUGUUUAAAUAAAACAAGGUUAAAUAGCAGUGUUAUUCUAGUCGAAAGAUGUAUUACGGUCGGGAAAGUUUAACUUGGGAGAUUGUCUAAAGUUGUGUGAUUUUUUUGAUCUUUUAAAAAGUAAGAUAUAUUGCCAAAAUGGCGUAUUUAUUAUUAUUGUUAGUUCUCGCGUAAACAAGCAAGUAAUUCACAUUGUCGUACGCACUAUUUUAUAUGUUUAUACAGCUUUCACUAUGAUUAAAUAUUAAAACGUAUUUGGUAUACAUUUUAUUUAUUAUAGUUCGUAGGAAUAUAAAUAAAACUUAAUAAACGGGCUCAUGAUUUUAUCAGUUUUAAGAUUAUAUUCCAACACAGGAACGAUGAAUAAAAUGUAUAGUAAAUACGCUUUUAACACUUCAUAAUAGUACUUAGUCCAUCUUCAAUUUUGAAACAUUUAAACCUUGAAAUAUUUUCAACCAUAGAUGGUUAAUUUUAAACUAAGCAUAAAUGGUAGCGUUUUUAAUGUCAUGUAAGGGUUACCAUGUUUAAAGAUUCUCUCGUAUUCACACGCAGACAUAAAAUGUUAUCCCUUAACAGUUGAUUAUGGUGGGCGAAGCAACAUCACCGUCGCCCAUUAAGUUCAUUUUACUAGACUAAGCUAGCUUUAGGUACGUAAGAAUUAAUAUACAUGAAUAAAAAAUAGGCAUUUGUAUUUCGAACAUUCUGUGUUGCUAACUGCAAAAAAUCGAUGCCAAUAUUUUUCUUUGUAACACUUAGUUUAUAUUCGUUGCAGUAUUUGUUGGGAUUUUAAGCACAAAAUAUUUUAUAAUUAUUGUUUGUCGGCUUUUUUUAAUUAUACAAUCGAUGGAUGGUUGUCGCGCUAUUGUUUUAUUUUUUGUUUAAAUUAAGCCUUUUUGUCUUAGAUAGGUUAUAAUAUAGAUGUUUGUAUUAGGCAGACGAAGUCGGAAAAGAGCGACAUUCAGGGCUAAUGUAUUUUUUUUAAGAAAACAAAAUAUAAUCAAUUUCAUUUCUAUAGUUUGUCGUGCUCAAUUAUCAUAAUAUUUAUAUUGCACAAAGGCGGCACAAAACUGUAAACGAUUGAAUAUUUUUUACAAUAUGAACUCAAAGACAAACAGGUGAAUGUAAUUAAUGAAAAAUGGCAUAUCAAACAAUUUGUCCGCCAUUUUGUAUCGCAGAAUAAUCAUCGAGGUAUAAUGUUAUUGUGUGUGAAUUAUUAUGUUGAUUAAACACGUUUUGAGAAUAUCUAUGUUCACGCAUGCAUCUAUUUGUCUAUACGUAAGGUAAUUUUGCAUUAUGGGAAUUAUUUGUCCAACGAACAAAUAUGGCCGCGACCGUUUGGCGGGAACUCAGACGAGGCAAAGGCGACGAUCGCACACAGCCACGCUGCCGUUGGACAAAUAAGUAGGAUGUAUUCUGAAGUUAGCUCCGGUCUGCUAGUUUUACGCCUAGGAUAAGACUCUUUUUUAAAUAAUAAUAAAAAAUUGUUUUCUACUGUAACGGCUUCUUUUCAGAUCAAUGUACGAUAACUAUAAUAUAGCAUUAUAUGAUAUGUAUGAUAUUUAAUGGAUAGUUUUGAUGGCUCAUAUUCUGUUUUUGUCUAUUCAGACCAAUUUUUCUCACUUUUACAUCAUAUUAUUGGAAUGGACUGCCAUAUUUUAACCUGUAAACUAUAAAUAUACUUAACGAGGGAGACAGAAGGUAUGGUUAUCAGGGAAUGUGAUGCCUAACGUGGCGCGAUACCGCCGAGUAGCCCGAGAUCCUCGAAUUUGUUUAAAGAGCCGGAGUGUCCCUGGAAUUGUAUAUCAUAUUCCUUUGGAACUUAAAGGAUUCGUAUACCUUAGUUAACUUUUAUUUGCUAGUCCGCGUCUUUAAUAUGUUUAAUGAAAAUAAUUAUUCUUAGUGGUAUAAUACUAAUUAUAAUGUAUUGUGUAAAAUAUUUUUUUUAGUUAUUAUAUCAAUAAAUUAAAAUUUGUUUAUUUUAA